AUGGCCAAAAAAGGAAACAAGCACAGAAAAAAGAACCUCGUUCGAGUGGCAAAGCCUGUUGCUGAAGUAGUUUGUGAGACUCUUGAGUGCCCUGCUGCCGAGAACUGGGAGACUACCCCUCCCUGUGACGAGACUGGGGAUGCGGAGCCUAUCGCUGAAACAGUCUAUGACGCCGUUGCGUGUCCUGCUGCCGAGAACUGGGAGACUACCCCUCCCUGUGACGAGACUGGGGGUGCGGAGCCUGUCUCUGAAACUGUCGGUAAGCAUGCUGUAACCGCAGGUUAUGACAGUUAUAACGUGUCAACUCCGGGUAUCCAUGAAUAUGACCAACCUGAGACCAGCCCAUAUGGAGAUCUACCAAUAGUAAUUUCUAUCGGCCGGGGAACCCAGUAUUUUGUCCCCAGGGACAUAGCUGGUCAAAUUCUAUCUCUUCAAGAUCAUUGGGACAAGAACGAUAGUCGGAUAGCGAGGUUUCCUGAGGUUGAUGACGACAUUGGGCAUACCUUCAUCCAUUACCUAUAUACAGGUGAUUACCAAACCUUGAAGCCAGCGUCAACGAGCAAUAUGCCUUGGCGCGCAAUCGAAUACAGACGAAGUGUCCUUGCAUAUUCUGCUGGUACACGUUGUGGUGUUGAUGGACUAGUCCAUCAUGGAAGAAAAUACAUGCAGAUAUUUGAUAAGGAUGUUUCCCUGUUUGACAUGAUAGAUCUGGGACGCGAAUGUUUUCCAAGAAUUGAUGAGGACCGGUGGUAUUCCGAGUACCUCACCAACAGAAUUAUGACUAGCUUCGAGUCUGAAGAGGGGAUUUUUCAGCAAGAGGAGUUCUAUUAA